AACAUCCUGGUCUUCUGCAUCUCCUUCAGGAAUCAGAAACAUAGAUGUGGGUAUCAGCUUGUCUCCUGUGAAAGGGAAAAAUGCCUCCUAAGAUAUACCUGAAAACUGUGAAUACGUUUUUGAGAAAUAAAUAGACAAAUUAGAACAUCUUAGUUGAGAUUGCACACUUGAAGUAACCUUUAGGACUUAAGCAAACAGGAUAUAUCAACAUCCCUUCAAAGAUUAUAAAGGAGCCUUUCAGAACACAACUCUGACAUUUCAUCCUGUUGAUUAUUCUCACAUACGGCACCACACCAAAAAAGAAGUUAUGAUGACUGAUCCAAACCAUUUACUGAAUAUCAAUGACUUCAGUGAUUUCUACAGUGAAGAGUUCAACUACACAGAUCUCCAGAACUUGACUGAAUUUGUCGUGGAUGAGAAGACGUUGCUUUGCUCCUCCACCAUCAUGGUGGAUGCCGUCAACAUUGCAUUCUGUGUCUUAUAUGUGAUCAUCUUUCUGAUGGCUAUUCCUGGGAAUCUGAUCGUAGGCUGGGUCAUCUUCUCACAUAGACACUUGCUUACCGCCUCAGAUGUCUACUUAUUCAACCUGAUGCUGGCCGACACGUUAUUGGCUCUGAUUCUGCCAUUUUCUGCCUUUUCCAUGAUCCACGGUUGGGUGUUUGGUGAUAUUGCGUGCAAGUUGGUUUGCCUGGUGAAGGAAGUGAACUUCUACACCAGCAUUUUGUUCCUGGUGUGCAUCAGCGUGGAUCGCUACAUGGUCAUCGUCAGAGCUAUGGAGUCCCAGAAGGCUCAGAGAAGAUUGUGCAGCGGAGUCGUCUGCGCAUUGGUGUGGGUCUUUGGAUUUGUGCUCUCCUUGCCGUCGUUCUACAACAAAGCGUAUUACGAGCCACUUUCCCAGCAGACCAUUUGUGCAGAACGCUUUGAGACGAAUCACGCCGACGAGUGGCGACUGGCCACACGUAUCAUGAGGCAUCUGCUCGGGUUCCUCUUCCCUCUGGUGGUCAUGUUGAUCUGCUACAGCAUGACAGUGGAGCGGCUCUUGCGUACACGCUGUUUCCAGAAACAGAAAGCCAUGAAGGUCAUUGUAGCUGUGGUUGUGGCCUUUCUUCUGUGCUGGACCCCCUUUCAUGUUUCGACAAUUGUUGACACCCUCCUGAGGGCCAAAGUGGUUCAAUAUAGCUGUUCGACACAAAUGGCGGUGGACAUCGCCAUGUUCGUAACUCAAAACCUUGGCCUUCUGCACUGCUGCGUGAACCCAUGGCUGUACGCCUUUGUGGGAGAGAAGUUCAGAAGAAGAUUUCUGCAGAUGCUCCAUAGAAAAAGAGUUCUGGAGCGGUUCUCCCUCUCCAGAUCUAGUAGGUCUUCUUCUUUGACCUCAGAUCCCACUUCUGGCUUCCUGUGAGCUAAACAAUGGAAAUCAAUGUAUGUGAACUUUAAGUCAUUUAGUGCACCUUCCCUUGCUUGGUUGUACAAGAAAAACACUUUGUUGUAGGGGUUAAUUGCCAUGAUGCACUGGCUCCCUCUAUUGGUCAGAAAAAGCACCUUUUUGAAGCCUAAAUGAAUAAAAAAAACUAAACAUAGGCUAUAAAGGAGCUACACAACAGUUGCACAACUUCAACAUCACCACCUCUAAGCUUCCGACAACUCUUUCAUUCUUUAUUUAAAAAAUAUUUUCCUUUAUAGUUUGCGAGAUCUUGGUUAUAAACACAAGGAGGCUAGUGAUUGUAUGAGUUUACGUGUUUGGCAUUUAAUGUCCCUGACAACCUCUAUGGUCUUAUUUUGACGCUUGAUGGCAACUGCCUUUUUCAAGACAAGUGAAAGAUUAAAAAACAUUCAGAAAACCCAUUGACCAAAGUAUGGUCACAUGGGCAAAAAGGUCCAUUGUCUAUUGUGUAGUGUUGUAAGGUGCCCACACAAAAAUCUUUUGCCCUCAUGCAAAUUUCUGAUCUGUGGAUUCCUGUUGAAAUGACUGGCUGUUUAUUAGUACUUAUAAAGCACAUAUUCUGCAUAACAGUAUUCUACAUCCUUAAAACCUAAAUAAAACAACUACCUUACUACAGGAUGUCAUGGAUAGUUGAGCCAAUGUUGAGCCAAGUCAUCUUAGUUAAUAGUGAGAACUGGAUCUUAAAAUAGUGUGACCGUUCUGCAUUAUGGACAUGAACGAAACCUUUUCAAGGUGAUCAAACUUGCUAUUUUUACCAGGCAGAUGAUAACAUAAAUGAAGAAACUCCAUAGACUUCUACUGAAGGAUGAACCCAAGCCAUCUGAGAUACUAUAAUAUCAUAAAGACUUCAGGGUAAUGAACUCAUUUGACUAGCUAUUAAGCAAACACAUGCAAUUGCAGAAAGCUAGGAUGCUGGUUUGGAGAGAGGUGUGUGAUUGAAGUUAGCAAAAUAGCCAAAAUCGCUCUUUUUAUAGCUUUAUAUAUAUAUAUAUUAUUUUUUAUUAUUAUUAUUUUUUGUCAAGGCAGCUGGUCUGUAUGUGGACAGUACGCAAAAUGUUUUUAAUUUAAAGAGAUUAUGUGCAUGUAUUAAAUAUAUAGUAUGAUGUACAACAAAUAAAGUAAAGAUCAGGUUUUCUGAAAUGCAUUAUGCUUUUUUCCUUUCUUCAUAAAUUGUACUUUAAAUAGUACUUUAUAAAGUGCAUGAAAGCUAUUAGGAAUAUUUUUUUGUACUCAUAAAGAGUUUGUGGUGUAAUGGUUGUCAGCCUUAAACGGAUGCAAUGACAGAAGAAUCUCUCCAGGACUUAUAAUGGAUUUACUUUUAGAUUUUUAUUCUUAUUUGUAAAUUAAAAAAUAAAAAUGUUAUGAACACUG